AUGAAGAGAGAGAAUCGCACUUUGGUGAGUGAGUUUAUUUUUCAAGGGUUCUCCAGCUUCCGUGAACACCAGCUCACACUCUUUGUCAUAUUCCUUGCACUGUACAUAUUAACCCUGGCAGGCAAUGUCAUCAUCGUGACCAUAAUCAGCCUGGAUCGUCAUCUCCACUCCCCCAUGUACUUCUUCCUCAGUAUGCUGUCGGCUUCGGAGACAGUGUACACACUUGUCAUUAUACCAAAGAUGCUCUGUGACCUCACAGGUGCCGGUCAGCCCAUCUCCCUGGCUGGCUGUGCCUCUCAAAUGUUCUUUUUCGUCACUUUGGCCAUUAACAACUGCUUCCUGCUCACAGCCAUGGGGUAUGACCGCUAUGUGGCCAUCUGCAACCCCCUGAGAUACACGAUUAUCAUGAGCAAGAGGGUGUGCUUCCAGUUGGUGUGGGGGGCCUGCAGCAUUGGCCUAAUUGUAGCAAUGACACAGGUGUCAGCUGUGUUCCGACUGCCCUUCUGUGCCACCAAGGUGGCCCACUUCUUCUGUGACAUCCGACCCGUGAUGAAGCUCUCCUGCAUCGACACCACUGUCAAUGAGAUCCUGACUUUGGUCAUCAGUGUGCUGGUGAUCCUGAUUCCUAUGGGCUUGGUUUUCAUUUCCUACAUCCUCAUCAUCUCUGCCAUACUCAAGAUUGCCUCUGCUGAGGGCAGGAAGAAGGCCUUCGCCACCUGUGCCUCCCACCUUACAGUGGUCAUCGUCCACUAUGGCUGUGCCUCCAUCGCCUACCUCAAGCCCAAGUCAGAGAACACCAGGGAUGAGGACCAGCUGAUCUCUGUGACCUACACUGUCAUCACCCCGCUCCUGAACCCUGUGGUCUACACCCUGAGAAAUAAAGAGGUCAAGGAUGCUCUGUGUAGGGCUAUUGGCCGAACACUCUCCUGA